UGGCCAUCAGGCGUGGCUUUCGAGGCUCCUCCUCCUCCUAGGCAGGCAGGCAACCCACCCACCCUCGCAAUUUGUUUCCCGAUCCGUUUCUGAGCUAUUCCCCGAGCAUUGCCGAAACCAUCGGCUACGUUGUGCCCGAAGCUACGCAAACUGAACACAUCGCUAAUUUUCAACCAAAUUAGUCUUUUGGUGCACAAGCAUGGCGCCUCGAAGCUCAGAUAUGAAGAGUGAACAGUGGAACACGGAGUUGUUGGGUCGAUCGUCCCCAUCAGGGUGCGUGAGCACGAGCACUGCUACUGCUUCACACCGAUCGCUAAGAGUAUCUUCGUAAAAGCGGCAGCAGCAGCAGUCGAGUCGUUCUUCUUGUAUUUUGGGUCCGUCGCUCUGCUGUAGGAAUUUUACUUCUCAGUCGAUUGUUUGCCAAGCACUUCUCAUCGCUGGGGUUGCAAGUCUGCUGCUGCUGCUGCUGCUUCUGCUGCAACGACCCGAAGUUAAGGAAAUCAUUGAUGAAAAGGAUUUUUGGAAUGCUUUGCUAAUUUCUCUUGUAGUCUGGAGUAAUCUUUGACGUCCGUGAAUUCUACGUGUACUUGGAUGUUGAGAAGGUGAAUAAAAUAGCGUGAGAUUGUCCUUGGGUGAGAUUCUUGUUGAUUGAUUCAGGCUGGAAAUUCGUGUUCGAUCUUCUUCUCUUCAGAUCGAUAUCAUUUUACUGUGAAGCUGCGGUUGUAGAGGUUAGGAGCAUUGUGGGAGUGAUCAUGUGUAAUUACUUCUGAGGGUUGAGGGUUACGUCCUGUUUACUCAGAACAGGUUUUUGGGUUAGGCUUUCCUGGUCUGUCACUUCGUUCCUCAGAAAUUGGUAGAAAACGUGAUCAAAUCGAUCGAGUUCUGGGUAACUUUUUUACCGCUUGCAUGCAUCGCGCCCUUACAGUGCGUCUUGAAGGGCGGAUUCCGUUGUGAAUACUUGUGUUCGCUGCAUGUAUAAGGCUUUGACUGUUUGACCGGCUUCGGAAAGAAAUUUAGCCAUCCUCUGAAAUUUCCUUUCUAGUUACUCUGCUAAGUCUAAACAUCGCGGAUUGUCACCAUUCAUAUUGCGGUUCCGAGCGCCAGGAUUACGCAGCAAUCACAGGAAUAGGCUGACAGAUGGUUUGUCAACAGAAGCAGCUCUCCAAAAUUAGUCAAGAAUGUACAAAUUUGAUGGGGUCGUUCGUUGCUUGGCCAUGGAGCAUAAUAGUCAUGCUCCUCUGCAUUUACCUCAUUCCGAUUUCCAGCACAGCUUUGAAUUCUGAAGGUUAUGCUCUUCUUGACUUUGUUUCUAAUGCCGCUGUCGGCGAAAGCGGCCUUGAGGAUUGGAACUCGUCACACACAACACCUUGUCACUGGACUGGUAUCCAGUGUUCCAACGAAUUUUACGUGUUGGUCAUAAAUUUGGCAGACAGGAAACUACGCGGCAAUUUAACCCUGGAUACGAGCAAGUUUAAGUGGCUGCAAGCAUUAAACUUAUCAACAAACCAUUUGGAGAGUGAAAUACCGUCACAUUGGGGGUGCUCCAGGAGCUUAAAAAGUCUAGCUGGGCCUGUUACAAAAUCUCGUGGAAUUGUAUGCGUUGAGACACAUGCCCAUCGUUUGAUUCUGUUUUAUGUGUUAGCUUUCAAAAAGGGUAAUCACUUAUAUUCACUAAUGAUAAUGAUGGGGAUUUGCAGAGACCUGUCAAAUAACCAGUUGCAAGGCGCAAUACCGAGCAGCUUGAAUCAAUUGACUCAACUUUUGACUCUAAACUUGUCAAUGAAUCAUCUUCAAGGGCUUCUGCCACAAGGAGGGGUGCUGUCAUCCCUCUCUAUUGCCUCAUAUCAGCUCAACAAUCUUUGCGGCCUUCCCAUCACUCUUGCUUGUGAUACUAGAAGAUCAAUCGCGGAAAAUACCGACACUACUAUUAAUGCAGCUUCUCCCGUCGUUUUUGCGGUUUCCAAGAGCAGCGGAGUGCAAUUUGUGAAGAACAAGAAGCUCAGCAUAGUUGUCAUCGUCAUCGUUUGUGUUGCUACUCUUGCAAUAUCCAAGCUGUUUUUAGGUGGUCUCUGGUAUUGGCGGCGUACACGACAACGUAACGUUUGUGAAAUCAAACUCUCUGGUGGAAAGGUGGUAUUGUUUCAAAUGGCGGGUAAACCGAAUCUCUCAACGACUGUCCUAAUGGAGAAAAUCGAGAAGCUUACUGCUGAAGACAUAAUCGGAACCGGUGGCUUUGGUACGGUGUAUAGGCUUGUCCUAGAUGAUCAAACUGCACUUGCAGUCAAGAAAUUGAUCCGCGGAAUUGACCGAGAUCGAGGGUUCGAAAGAGAGCUGGAGGCCCUGGCAGAUCUUAAACACAAGAACUUGGUUACACUUCGUGGCCAUUACAGUGCACCAAAUAUCAACAUUCUUCUUUAUGACCUGGUGGGGAACGGGAGCUUGGACACAUGGUUAUAUGAAUACGAAGCAGCAGGACUACAGCCUCUGGAUUGGGAUACGCGAGCGAAGAUAGGGAUUGGAGCUGCUCGAGGCCUGGCGUACUUACACCAUGAUUGUGUCCCUCGAAUCAUUCACCGAGACGUCAAGAGCAGUAAUAUACUUUUAGAUGCUGACCUAGAGGCCCGUGUGUCUGAUUUUGGACUCGCAAAGCUUAUGGACCUCGAUAAAACACAUGUCACUACGAUGGUGGCGGGAACUCUCGGGUUUCUUGCCCCUGAGUACGUCGCCACCGGCCUUGCUACCGAGAAAGUGGAUAUCUACAGCUUUGGCGUUGUUCUUUUAGAGCUUGUCACCGGAAGACAUCCUUGUGACAAUUUAUUCAAAGAUAGUGGAAUUAGUCUUCCUCAAUCAGUCCGCAACAUGAUUGACGAGAAAAAUCUUGCAGUAGUUUUAGAUGGCUUGCUGGUAGGCACAUGCCCUGAUGAAGAAGUGGCCGUGUUUGUAGACACUGCACUAUUUUGUACAAGCAGUCUACCCUCUCAUCGACCGAGUAUGGCUCAGGUAGUGAAAAUGCUCGAGGGCCAUCAGUCUUCAAGACCUUCUAUCGGCAAUGACAGCAUUGCGAGCUCAAGUCACAAACCUCGUUAGAAUGAGAGCGUUACUUCAUGGCAGGAAAAGUGCCCAACUUUGGAACCAUUGCACCGGAAACACGAUUAUAUAGGAAUCAAUUUUUUUUCCUUGGGGCAGCAUCUAAAUACAAUCUCCAGAAGGCGAGCCUUUCCUUCCACCAAGGUUGCACGUGUACAUUAUUAUUUCCUUAGCUGGAUACCGAACAAUCUAAUUAAAUCGAUACUAACUGAGAAGUGACCGUUGAUCUUUUGGUAAUCCGCUUUUACGACUCAUUUUCUCGGCAAGCAGAUUGUCAUCGAUCACAAAGGAAGCCCGCAUGAUUCCUUGGCUCAUGGAAGCACGGAGACUCCAGUUUCCAUAUUGUUAACAUUCCGAGCAAACCAGGUAGUAGAGAAAGUGAUGAACAGGAGUAACUUCAUGAGUAUAAUGGAUCUUGUGAUAGCGCAAUCGAAGAUGUUAGUGGGACUAAAAAAUUAUAAGUCUUGGAGGAGUACAAUCCAGAGCGCAUUAGAAAGAGGAUCUAUGGGAAGUAGUGGCCUCGAUUGAAACGACGUCAAAAAGACAUAGUACAAGGAGAGCAACGUCUGAAAACAAAGCCUCUUCAAACACAACCACAACGGAGCACGAGUUGGAAGAAAUGGACACACUUGAAGGAGUUGACAACAACACGGCGCCACAAACAUCAUAAGAAUAAGAACUCAUCAAAAGGAGAAAAAUGCGAGCUAUGGGUUUUCUUAGACUUUUGCUGACAAACAUAGUAAAACCAUACAUUUUAGCCAUAACUAAUCUUGCAGUGGCAUGGAAAAUACUUGCUAAUGUUUAUUCAACUCAGACAAUGGCAGAUGUCAUGAAAAUCCUUGAUAAGUGGGAGAAUCUCAGCAUGACAGACAAAAUGACGAUUUCAAUUUUUAUGCAAAACGUGUAUGAUUUCAUAAAUGAUAUGAGAGAAAUAAAUCAACUUCCAUCAGA